AUGCUGUGGGAGGAUAAUGAAAAGGAUGCCCUCAUGCCAUUCCUCAAGAAGUCACGCACACUUUCUUGGAAGAAACGAACGGCUUUAUGGAAUAAGAGGUUCGAAACGAAAAGGUCCUUGGAGUCACUUCGAGGACAAUAUAACCGUCAACGCCUUCGGGAGGAAUCUUCCCCUGAACCAAAAUCUCCUCGCCUAUCUGGCCGCAUUUCAAAACCCCAAAGCAUCAGUGUUGGCAAACGGCCAACUGACCAACAGCUUCAAAAUGAAAAAUCUCCGGCUUCGCCAGAUCUGAACAUCAACGACGGAAAUAACAGACAAAAUAUUGACUGGAACCUUUCCCUGGACGAGAUAUUUGGCUUUUUCUUGUGUGAGAAUCUGGCUUGA